UGCAGUUGUCACUGCCAAUCUGCACCUCAUUGCUGGAGUUCACAGGCACCUCAAGUGUAAAGGGCCAGCUGCCCCAAAGCAACUGCCUGGACCAGCUACGGAUCAGAAAGUGAGGGUGGGACUGGUUUCCUACCUCUGCAGGCCACAGCCAUGGGUAACAACCAUGCAAGUCUGGAUGAUAUCCUUGCUGAAGAUAUGCACCACUGGUAUAACAAAUUCAUGAGGGAGUCUCCAUCGGGCCUGAUCACACUAUUUGAGCUCAAGGCCAUUCUUGGACUACAGGGUAUGACUGAGGAUGCGAACAGCUAUGUGGACCAGGUGUUCUUCACUUUUGACAUGGAUGGGGAUGGAUAUAUCGAUUUUGUGGAAUACAUUGCUGCCAUUAGUUUAAUGCUCAAGGGGGAAAUCAACCAGAAGCUAAAGUGGUACUUCAAACUUUUUGACCAGGAUGGCAAUGGGAAAAUUGACAAGGACGAAUUGGAGACAAUAUUCACAGCAAUACAAGACAUCACACGAAAUCGUGACAUUGUGCCAGAGGAUGUGGUGACUCUUAUAUAUGAAAAGAUUGAUGUCAAUGGAGAGGGUGAACUGACACUGGAGGAAUUUAUUGAAGGAGCAAAAGAUCAUCCAGAUAUUAUGGAUAUGUUGAAGAAAUUGAUGGACCUCACUCCAGUCCUAAUUAUUAUUGUUGAUGGACGACAGAAACCAACCAUGGAAGGUUAGGCUGCUUAAACACCAUCUUAAGGACAAAAUACAAAAAACAAAACAAACAAAAAAAAAGACAAUCCCCGUUCUGAAUUCAAAAUAGAGCUGAAAAUGGAUUGGAGUUUUACAAGAUGUUUGGCAAUUCAACUCUGAGGAUCAGAUGUACCUCCCCACGGCAUCUGUGUGAUCCCCUUGAUAGAAAAUUCAAGGGAGAACUCAGACUGUUGCCCAAACCUGGUGCUGUCCGAUCCCAAAGGAGAUACAGAGCUUUGCGUCAGAUAGGUACUCUGAUGCUAUAAGGGGUUCAGAGGACUAAGGAAUGAGCAAUGUGGUGCUUUUUAAGGAAAGGCUCAGUGGAGAAGGCUGGUAAUAUGACAAAUAAUGCUUAUCCAACUUUCAUUGGGUAAACUCAUCAUAUAAUCCAAGUAUGGAGUGGAAUUGUUUAUGACAACCAGAGGCAUCAUUACACUGCUAUGAGAGUGAAUUGGGAGACAGUCCACUGUCUAUUACACAGUCUGAAUUCCCUAGAACACUAUGUCAAUUAAAUAAGGUAUAGGAUAACAAAAGUACAGCACUUUAUACAGGAAAAUAGCAAAUUUGCAGUUACAUUAUGCAGAAGAAAUUUAUAAAAUGCAUUUCCAGUUUUUGCUGUCUUUUUAGACAAAAAACCUUUAAUCUGAUCAAAACACUUGUCAAAUGUUAAAACUGAAAGUUAACAAAAUCGUCAAAACUAGCAACUGCAUGUUUCAGAAUAAUAGAAAUAUUUAAAGGUAUUUUCCCCUCUAAUAUCACUGUUUAGAAGUCUGAACUUGUUAAAACAGUCUUGAACCCCCUAAAACACUUGGAUCAGCUUUGAAUUUGACAACAUACACGCAAGAAGUAUAAAAGUGAUUUUGCUGUUUGAAAUAUUCUAAUACUAACAAGUAGCACCCCACAGAAUCUGCAAACUUUUUCAGAUUUUCUGUGCUGAUUUUGGGGGAAAAUCUUUGAAAUUCUGUGGAUUAUUUCAAAUCACCUGCUCCUCUAACAAUAAAUGUAAAUAGUGUAUCCACAGUAUACAUUAAAUAUACACCAGUGCGACUUACAGUCGAUAUGAAAUUAAGUUUGAUGCACACAAAAUACAGACUUCAGGACACAUAAGAACAGACUGGCAUGCUUUCAUGAUUUUUUUUAUACGGUUGAGUUGGCAUCUUCACAUGAGGGCAAGUUUGAACUCUUUUCAAAAUAGUGUUUUUUAAUGGAAACAACAAAUAUUCAUUUCAAAGCUUUGUUACCAUCUAGAGAUGAUGAUAUUUCAUACCAUGCAUGAAAAUGUACACUGCAUGUACAAAUGCCUCCAGAAACAGAUCUUCUGUAUUUAAACUUUUUCAGUUUUGACACUUUUCAGGCAGUAAGCUUCAAGUACUCAAAUAAGAUUAUCUUCCUCUACUGUGAUAUACAUUCUGGUAUGAAAUAUUUAUGUUGACUUACUAAUAAAACUUUAAGCAAACCACUGUUUAAUUUUAUCCAAGAGAAAGAAAUGUUGAGGGAAAUAAUGUUCAAAUACUGUUUGUAGGUUACCAGUAUAAGCAAGUUUACUGAGAAAAUAAACUUGUACAAACACGUUUAAAAAAUAUACAUUUGUUUCCAUAGUCUACAUAAUACAAAGUAAAUAAAUGAGCACCAAGAUACUCAUAUCCCACAGUCCAUUCCUAAACAAAUCCCAAGAGAUCAACUACAAUCACUUAUUUUGAUCCAAAGAAACAUUUUGGUCACUCAUCUAAAUCUAAACAGUUCAUUCAAAUGUAAAGGGAUAGUUCAUCCAAAAAUGAUUUACUCAGCCUCAUGUCAUUUCAAACCAGUAUAACUUUUUCUUUUUUCUGUGGAACACAAGAGGAGAAAUUUUGAAGAAUGUUGGCACUGUUCCUUUUUACAUAUAAUGAAAGUAAUUGGGGACUGAGGCUUUCAGCCCCUAACAUUCUGUCUAACAUUUCCUUUUGUGUUCCACAGA